CGGUUUCGCAGGAGCUCGCGAGGAGCACAGAGGUUUGACCUUCUCCUUGAGCAAGGGGAGACCUUUGCACCUAUCUUCGAGCUGUCCCGCUCUGGACCGUGGACGGAAUUCAUAUCAAGCGCUAUCGGCAAGGAUUGGAUUUGUGAUAUAUCCGUGAUCUACUCGAGGCCUGGGGCGGACGAUCAGGACUGGCAUUCCGAUGGGCCUCAUCUUAUUGUAUCAUCUCAGAAGAACCUUCCUAGCUCCGCAUCCUCCCCUUAUGCUUUCUGCGUCUUCCUUGCUCUCAUUGAUCUUGACGAGCUCGUCGGAUUCACUCAGUUCUGGCCCGGCUCGCAUCGAGAGGCUGGCCUCGCUGGGUUCGGCUCAGCUGCUCCUGUGCUGGGCUGCGCAGUUGACGGAAUCGUGGGGGCUGGCGGUGCAGUCGUCUACGACUACAGGCUUCUGCACAGGGGGAUGGCGAACAAGAGCCAAGGGACCCAGCGGGAGAUACUGCAGUUCUUCUACCAUGUUCCCGAGUACGUGGAAAGGAAGAACUACGGCUGUACAGCCUUGUUCUGA